GUGACGAACCAACACACACACACACACACACACAUCUAUUCCGAUCUCCAGCAGGAGACAUAAAGACGGCUCUCAAACCAUGUACAAGUUUCUUUCUCUGGUUUCACUGCUGGCUGUUUUCGGGCAGUAUGUGAUCGCAGGAGGACGCUUCGAGCGAACCAUCAGCAGACCUUUUGGGUCGGUGCUGAAGGUCCAUAAUGGGAUGCGAUGGGGCACGUGGGGUCAGAAAGAAAUGUGUCCAACUGGAAUGUACACCACAGGUUUUAGUCUUAAGGUGGCAGGUAAAUGGGAAUCUCUGCUGGUUGGUGAUAACACAGCGCUCAAUGGGAUUCGUCUUCACUGCAUCAACCCGUCCAAAGGCUCAUCGGGCCCAUACGAGGACUACGCCACAGUUCAGUCCGACGUAGGAAGCUGGGGUAAAUGGUCAGAUAUCAAAUGGUGCUCAAGUGGAUUUCUGACAUCUUUUCAGCUGAGAGUGGAACCCUACCAAGGGACCUGGGACGACACGGCCGCAAACAAUAUCAGGUUUAACUGCAGUGGAAAUUCAGAAAUGCUGCAGGGAUCCGGGAUGUCGUGGGGCGAAUGGGGCGACUGGAGUGAGAAGUGUGGAGGAAAGGGAAUCUGUGGCAUCGAAACGAUGGUUGAGCAGCCGCAGGGAGUCGGAGACGACACGGCCCUCAAUGAUGUGCGCAUGUACUGCUGUGAUUGAACUGAUUGGUUGUUUCAGAAACAAAUCAUUUGGUGGAAUUGUUUAAUGCAUCAUCAGUAAACCUACCUUCAAGUAGUGCUUAGCUAGUUGGGCAGAUCUAAGAGUAAGAGACUUCUUCCCAUUCACAUUUAAAGGACAACAGCAACUGCAUAGAUCUUGAACAUACUGAAGAAUUUACUUAUGUAUUCCUCAGGUUUGUCAUGAGAUAAGUUUUGUGACUAGUAUUCAAUUUCUAUAAAGUUACUACUUGUGAUUUUUUGAACGGAUAUCAUUAAAAGGGUGAAAGAUGAUGAAUUUA